AUGAAAAGUGUAAAAAAACUUCUGUCCGAGAAAGCUGAGAAGAAACAGGGACUAUAUGUGCACUAUAGCCCUCCCAAAGCUCUAGGAGCUAUACCAGCAUCAGACCUUCGUCAGUGGGUGCGAGCAGGGCAAGAAGGCAAGCUGGAACGAGCCGUGCUCAACGGUCAGGGGCGGCGCCUUUUAUCAGAAGCGGAAAAUUUGCCUUUAUCAAGAUACCUUAUUAAUUUGAUAAAUAAAUGUGAAACUCUGCACGCUGCUGUUGAGACAGGAUCGCUGCUUGAUUUACAGGAACUACUGGAAUCUGACUACAAUCGCAACAAGUUAUCAUCUUGCUGUGAUGACGCGGGUGUCGGUCUAUUGCAUAAAGCUGUGUACUACAACUACACGGAUAUUGUAGAGUAUCUCGUGAAAUAUUAUCCACAUUUGGUCCACCAGAAGGAUUCCGAAGGUCGGAUAGCCCUUCACUACACGGCAGCGUGUCGUGAUGAGGCGCAAUUGUCCGCACUACUCCUGGGCGCGGGGGCGGCGAGGGGCGCGCGGGACGCAGCCGGGCAUACGUUGGCCCACUAUCGUACUGCUCGCACUCAGCUCACGCUGCCCGUUGCUGUCGACAUGCCGACGCUACCCGGUAUGGUAAUAAAGCGGCAUAACAUUCGAAUAUGGUGUCACGAAUGCGACAUGGGGCGCCUCCAGCGCGUGAUAUGGGAGGGCCAGGGCUCCAGGCUUCUGAGCGAAGUAUCAAGCCAGCCAAUUGUAAAGAAGUUCUUGGAAACCGUGCCAUAUAUGAUGAAUACAAUUAAGGAUAUACACAAUGCAGUGAUUCAAAACGAUUUGGAGAAUGUUAUUAGAUUAACAAGUAGCCCUGUACCGCCGCAGAUUUUAUCUAGCAAGGACCCAAAUAAUAUGACUGUAUUUCAUAAAGCAGCUGGAUUAGGACACUGCGGUAUUUUAAAUUACAUAGUCGAAAGAUAUCCACAAGGUAUAAAUGAAAUAGAUAAUGAAGGUCGCACACCUUUACACUACGCUGCUAUUGUGAAAGAUGAUAAACACACAUUCAAAACAAUGAUUGGUUUUGGCGCAGAUGAAGGGGCUGUUGAUAAUAGAAAUAAAACCCCUGCUUAUUACUUGAAUAGACCUCAGGAGAUAGACAAACGCAAUCUAAAGGUUUUACCUGAAGCACCUAGAACACCAUCAAGUGCUUACCCAGCGUCAUGGGAUUGGAAAAUCUUAGAUACGGACUACACAGCUGAACUGAAUAAGAAACCUAGAAGAAAGAACUUCAAAACUUCAUCAGAAAACAUUUCUUCUAAAAAUACUCUUUCAGAAAGUACGGAAAAUUUAAAUAACAUGAAAAAUAGUAGCACUCAUGAAAUGAUAAACAGUUUACCAGAAUUAAAUGAUAAACAUGAAACCAUUGAAGAAGAAAAAAUUAAUAACAUAACUGAAAAUAUUGUUUUACAAGAAAAUGAACAGGUUUCUGAAAACGUUGACCACGAAGCAUGUUUUGUAGAAAAUCAAGACUACAAAGAAAAUACUAGUGGUGAUAAUAAGAUCGAAGACACUUUGAAAGAAACGAGUAACGGUGGAUCACGACCGAAUAGUCAAAAUGGUCUGGAUCGCCAAAAUGAACAUACUAAUUUAGAACAACCAGAGGAAGAAGAAAAUUUAGAAAAUAAUAUUGAACAAGUUAACGAUUUGAAUACCGCUAUAACUAAAUCAGACCCUGUAUUUAACAGCGAGGUUUUAAAUCGAGAAUCAACUCCACUUCCAGUACUGCCAGCCUCACCAAUAUUUAAAAGUACUGAUAAUGCUGAUACUGAUGACCAAAUCAACCAAGAAGAUAACAAUGAAGAUGAAUCUUGUACACAACUAGAUAUAAUAGAAAAUAAAAAUCCUGAAAACAUGCCUGAAAGUACUCAUUCUCAGGAAGGUAAUGUUGAAAAGCAUGAUGAUGACCAUAUAUCAAAAAACGAUAUAGAAGGUAAUCAACCAAAUGACAGUUUUGAGGAUAUUAAUGUUGUCCAAAAGGAAGUAGAACCUGAUAAACUUCUAAAUUCAAAUGAAGCUACUGUUAAUGAGAUCCAAAAUAAAAUGGAAUACGAUCAUUCUGAUGAAGAGGUUACGACUGUUUCGGAUCAUGAAGGUAAUACAAAAGUUGAUACCAUUGAAGAUGAUGACGAUGUACAAGUGCAGGAUAACACACAAACAGAACACAAUGACACAUAUUUUCAAAAGGAACUACACAAAAAUGGGAGUGUGAUCAGGAGAAACAACGGACGUAAUAGUCAAGAAAGUCUCAUAGAGGGUAUUGUGAGUAGCGAAGCUGAAAAAGACUCGCAAGAUGCAAGUGUAAUAAAAGGAAAUUCUGUACACGGCGACCUUCUCGUUAUUGAUAAUCAAAUAGACCCAGAAGUAACUGAAUUAAUAAACACAGUCAAUUUGGAAAUGUUAGCGACAUUAGUACUGAACGGAGAAGGAUCAAGACUUAUCGGCAGAUAUUCAGAUAAUUUAGAACUGCAAGCGUUUUUGGAAAAUGUACCAUCUUAUAUGCACAAAAUUAAUAAAGUACACUUAGCAGCUAAAGAAGGAAAUAUAAGAGAACUUCAAGCGGCACUAGACAGACGGAAAUUUGCCAUAGCUCGUGAUCCGAUUUCGGCAAAUGGAGCCACACCCCUACAUGUAGCCACUGUAUUCGGGAAAACAAAUAUUAUUAAAUAUUUAGGAGGAAGAUUUCCUGAAACGUUAUCGGCAGUGGAUUUUGAAGGACGCACAGCCUUACACUACGCAGCUGUCUUACCAGAUAAUGGCCAUUACUAUAACCUAUUACAACAACUUGGUUCAAAUUCUAAGGACUUAGAUGAUAAUGGAAGAUCCGCGGAUGAUUACUACAGGAACCCAAGCUUAUUACCAUUUAGUCAGCUUUUAAGUGAUUUUGGUAUAAGUGACGACGAGAUCAAAGAAAUGUUCUCAGAUCAAGUGCCAGAUGAUCGUGUCUCAAGUCGACGAAAUCUGGACAUGCCGGAAGUUCUAGAGACAUUAGAUCGAUGUUACCAUCUUCUGACAUCAGCUAAAUCAACACGUACGCCAUUGUCAGCUUCAUCCAAUAAGGCAACACCACCACUGGUCCUUGGAAGAUUCUUAAAGAAAUCAAUAUUUGAAUCAAUUAAACAUCGCAUUACAAAACUUGACCAUGAUCUGUUUGAUGUUAUUUGGCCAGCUGUUAAAAAAAUUCCAGAAACUCGUAAUGUAAUACAAACAGUUGAGGAAGAUUUUCCCGGUGGUGUAACAGCACCGGAUUAUUAUGUCUAUGAUGUGUUUAAUGAAUUUUUGACACCAUUAAUUAAGGAUCUACAUAAUAUAAAUAUCUCGUAUGAACUUCCUUUUCAUCCACCAUCCGACUUUAUUAAAAAUUCAUCAGUACUACUAACUGCAGCAUGUGAACCGUUAGUUGAACUAAACGUCGAUGCACACGAUGAAUUUGUCCUUUCUGGAAAUAUAGAGUGUUCAAGAAAUGUCGAGGGAUUUGAAUUACCUCUAAAUAUUAAAAUUGGCAAACUAGAAAGCAUUGAAAGGAUUAUAACCACGAUACUGAUGAACACAGAGUUUUCAAAAGUAAUUGAACAAUUAAGUUCUGAAUCUGAUCAAAAAGGUGGUAGUUAUUAUACCCUAAACGAAGUCUUGGAAAAACCAUCCGAAAUCUGUGCUCUUUUAGCAGCAUCAGGGCUGCUAAUUGCUCUUUGCGAACGUGAAGAAAUUGAUGACUUUAAUCGCUUACACGGCAAACAUUGGCCUUAUGGACGUGGAGUGUAUCUAAGUGACGAUAAACACGUCGCUGUGUGGAUUAAUGUUCACGACCAUAUCAGAGUUGUAGUUUCCACCCCUACAGAUACCCCAGGGGAAAUAGGUCUAGCUUUUAGCAAGUUAUCCUAUAUCAUGAAAUAUCUUCACGAUAAACUAGACUUCGUUUGGCAUGAGAAACUUGGCCAUUUAUCUAGUCGACCAACAUUUUUAGGUGCGGGAAUUCGAUUAAGUCUUAUUAUAAACUUUCCUGGUUUAUCGAGAGACGCUGAUAAUAUAAAACAUUUAUGCGCAAUGAGGGGUUUACAAUACCGGGAGACUCUGAGCACUGGAAUAGCUAGAAUCAGCAACUACCAAUGUUUGAGUGUUACUGAAACAGUCUGUUUUAAUGAUUUCGCUACAGCGACAUCAAAUCUCCUUCAUCUCGAAAGAGAUUUAUCAUUACAAAAUUCAGCUCAAAUUGCGACGAUGCUUAGCAAUAUAUUUAGAAGGAAAAGAAGCAUUAACCACGCGAGCUACGGCCAGUUGGACAUUCCCAUCUUUCAAACAGAAGAAGGCAGAUACCUCGCAAAGUCUCUCGGCGAUCCUUUGAUAAAAGGUCUGACCGAAGUGGCUAAUGUUAAGCCGAAGGAUCCGAUCGCGUUUCUCGCUACUUUUUUGCAUAAUUUCCCCGAUCACGAAAAGCCUCAAUUAGGUACUCAGGAAAACACGUUGAUAACAAACGAGCCUCCUGAGUAUGAGAACCAAACAGCACCAGAUGAAUUAAAAAAACCAUAUAGUAGUAUUCAAAGCGCAAGAAACCGACCUACUGGGCCCAUUGAAGUUAUAACAGUUGAUCCUCAACUGGCAGCCAGUCCCGAUGCACCGGAAGUGGCUCCAAGUAGUGCUGAGAGAGAUGAACACGGCCAAUCAAUGCUGCACUUUGCAGCUGCGCGAACGCAUACAAACAAUGCUUUAUUUCAACUAUUACAAGAGACUGAUGUGAGUAUUGGCUACCGAGAUGAGUUGUAUAGGACGGCAAGAGAUAUAUCUAUACAGGCUAAUGUUUUGGAAAAUACUGGGGAAAUUGAUCGCUUCGUACUACACUUGGCUGCUAGAGGAAACACUGAUAAAAUAAUGGAGCUGCUCCUCCAAGGAUAUGACCACAUAUUGGACGUGGUGGAUGAAGAAGGAGUUCCCAUAAAUGAGGUGAUCUCCCAACGGGGUGACAGUGAAAUGUCCAGUUUAAUGGCUUCAAUACCUACGUUUGAGGAGUCCCGAGAACGUCUCCACGUUGCUGUAAGACGCGGGGAUUUAUCAGAAGUACGUGAAAUACUCUCAGCGGAAGGCGGAAAGACACUUGCGCGUGCGCAGAAUUCGUACGGCAGGACACCGUUACAUGUGGCUGUGUUAGCGCAGAAUGAGGAAAUCGUUGAAUACUUGGCGGAAAUUUUCCCAGGGCUUUUGAAAAUUGGAGAUAAUUUAGAACGCACACCAUUACAUUACGCGAUGGGUGUAGAAAAAAUGGAAUCACUCAGUCGAAUAUUAACAAGAGCCGGGGCCAAACGCGUACUAAAGGACCUAAAGGGACGGCAACCUACCUACUACUACAUGAACAAAUCUGACAUACUGAGGCUUAAGGAAGAGGAAGAAAUGUAUUAA